GCAGUUUCCAUGUCAUGGAUCACGAAAGACGGCGCUGCUCAAGGGUUCUGUGAAGGUAGUUCACGCGGAGCUCCAGUUAGUUUCACUCUGACAGCAGAUGAGGAAGUCACACUCUGUCCGAGAACGAGUAAGAACAGGACUGGGUUUGUGAGAGAAAUUGAUCUGGAUUAACUCACAACAUGUUCCUGGUUUUGGAAGGGUGACACCAAAUCUUUAAGGAAUAAACACCUCAUAAGUUUCUAAGACAACCUUGGCAUUAGGUCACUUCUGGACCCUCAUCUGACUGGAUUACACACCUUAUCUGCCUGAUGUUUCCACCACUGAGCUUCAGCACGAGAUGGUGUGCUGGGAACUUGGCUGUUUGACAGAGACUCGACAGAAAUGUCGAAGUCAAGUGGACAGGGGAUGUACAACAGCGAACUUCCCCGGUUCCUGAUUGGAAGUGAGGGUGGUGAGAGCAGAGAGCUGGGUGACACAGACAUGAGGAAGAUCUCAGGGGAUUACGGAGAGGAGGAGGAGGAGGAGGAUGAGGAUCAGUCAGAGCGUCAGAUUGUAGUGGGGAUCUGCUCCAUGAUGAAGAAAUCCAAAUCCAAGCCAAUGACUGAGAUUCUGGAGAGGCUCUGUAAGUUUGAGUACAUCACUGUGGUCAUUUUUCCAGAGGAGGUUAUACUGAACGAACCGGUGGAGAAGUGGCCAUUGUGUGACUGCCUCAUUUCCUUCCAUUCCAAAGGAUUUGCCCUUGACAAAGCUGUAAGUUAUGCCAAACUAAGAAACCCCCUCCUUAUCAACGACCUCGAUAUGCAGUAUUUCAUUCAAGACAGGAGGGAAGUGUACAGGAUUCUACAGGAAGAGGGCAUUGACCUUCCUCGCUAUGCAGUGUUGAACCGGGACCCCGACAGACCAGAGGAAUGUAACCUGGUGGAGAGCGAGGACCAUGUGGAAGUGAACGGGGAAGUGUUUCACAAACCCUUUGUGGAGAAGCCCGUCUCCGCUGAGGACCACAAUGUCUACAUCUAUUACCCAACCUCUGCUGGCGGCGGCAGCCAGCGUCUCUUCAGAAAGAUCGGCAGUCGGAGCAGUGUGUAUUCUCCUGAAAGUACUGUUCGCAAGACUGGAUCAUACAUCUAUGAGGAGUUCAUGCCCACAGAUGGCACUGAUGUUAAGGUUUACACAGUUGGACCUGAUUAUGCUCACGCCGAAGCCCGUAAGUCUCCUGCUCUGGAUGGGAAAGUGGAGCGAGACAGUGAGGGGAAGGAGAUCCGUUAUCCUGUGAUGCUCACCGCUAUGGAGAAGCUUGUGGCCAGAAAAGUGUGUCUUGCAUUCAAGCAAACAGUCUGUGGUUUUGACCUCCUCCGAGCAAAUGGUCACUCUUUCGUUUGUGACGUUAAUGGCUUCAGCUUUGUAAAGAACUCCAUGAAGUACUAUGAUGAUUGUGCCAAAGUCCUGGGGAACAUGGUGAUGCGAGAGCUGGCUCCUCAGCUCCAUAUUCCCUGGUCAAUCCCCAUGGAAGCAGAGGACAUCCCUAUCGUCCCGACUACCUCAGGGACCAUGAUGGAGCUGCGUUGUGUUAUUGCUGUAAUUCGCCAUGGUGACCGUACACCCAAACAGAAGAUGAAGAUGGAGGUCAGGAACGCCCUGUUUUUUGAGUUGUUUGAGAAGUACGGUGGCUAUAAGUCUGGAAAACUCAAGCUGAAGAAACCAAAACAGCUCCAGGAAGUGCUGGAUAUUGCUCGUCAGCUGUUGGCAGAACUGGUCCUGCAUAAUGAUUGUGAGAUUGAGGAGAAGAAAUCCAAGCUAGAACAACUGAAGACGGUUCUGGAGAUGUAUGGCCAUUUCUCAGGGAUCAACAGGAAGGUGCAGCUGACCUACCUCCCAAAUGGGCAGCCCAAAGCAUCCAGUGAAGAGGAAGACGCUCUGAAGGAGGGCCCAUCUUUACUGCUGGUGCUGAAGUGGGGCGGUGAGCUGACACCAGCGGGUAGAGUUCAGGCUGAGGAGCUUGGACGAGCCUUUCGUUGCAUGUACCCUGGAGGACAAGGCGACUAUGCCGGCUUCCCUGGUUGUGGCCUUCUCCGUUUACACAGCACUUACCGCCAUGACCUCAAAAUUUACGCAUCAGAUGAGGGUCGUGUUCAGAUGACUGCAGCAGCUUUUGCAAAGGGUCUGUUAGCACUGGAAGGAGAGCUGACUCCAAUCCUCGUUCAGAUGGUGAAGAGUGCCAACAUGAACGGACUGCUGGACAGCGACAGCGACUCUCUCACUGACUGCCAGCAGAGAGUCAAAGCUCGAUUACAUGAGAUCAUGCAGAAGAACAAAGACUUCAGUGAGGAGGACUACAGCAAGUUGGCUCCAACAGGCAGCCCAUCUCUGGUGAACUCUAUGGGGGUGAUCUUCAAUCCAGUCAGUACUUGUGAUCGAGUUCACACACUCAUUAAAAGCCUUACUUGGCAGAUCUGUAAAAGGCUGGAAGACCCCAAAUCUGCAGGUUUGCCCUCUCUAUGGCUUCUUAGAAGGGGAAAAAUAUAUAUAUAUAUAUACUACAUGUAUAUUUUUAUAUAUAUAAAUAUCUAUUUUUUAAUUUUCACAGAUCUGCAGCUAUACCACAGUGAGACUCUGGAGCUCAUGCUGCAGCGCUGGUCCAAACUGGAGCGUGACUUCCGCAUGAAAAACGGCCGCUAUGACAUCAGUAAGAUCCCAGAUAUCUAUGACUGUGUGAAAUACGACACCCAACACAAUUCUUCUCUGGGGCUGGAGGACACGCUGGAGCUUUUCCGUCUGUCCAGAGCACUUGCAGACAUCAUUAUCCCACAGGAGUAUGGAAUCACUAAAGCAGAGAAGCUGGAUAUUGCCAGUGCCUACUGCCUGCCUCUGGUCAAGAAGAUUCAGCUGGAUCUUCAGAGAACCCAUGAGGACGAGGCCGUCAACAAGCUGCAUCCACUGUACUCGCGGGGCGUGAUGUCUCCGGGUCGACAUGUUCGAACCCGGCUGUAUUUCACCAGCGAGAGCCACGUCCACUCCCUGCUUAACAUCUUUCGCUACGGAGGCCUGUUAGACGAGCUAAAAGAUGACCAGUGGAAGCAGGCUAUGGACUACCUCAGCGCUGUAACCGAACUCAACUAUAUGACACAGAUUGUUAUUAUGCUGUAUGAGGACAAUAACAAGGACCCCUCUUCAGAGGAACGUUUCCAUGUGGAGUUGCACUUUAGCCCUGGAGUGAAGGGGUGCAAGGAUGAGGAGAAUGCACCGAUGGGUUUUGGCUUCCGGCCUGCCUCCUCCGAGAACCACGAGAUGCAGACAGACCCAGGCAGUCUUGAAGACCUUUCUCAAGACGAGCCUGACAGAGCUGCACUGACUGAGCCAAUCAGCAUUCAGAGGAAGUCACCACUCAUACGAGGCCGAAAGGCUGGAUCUAUGGAGGCUCUUUCAGAGAGUAACACUUCUUCUCGAGGGCUGGCGUAUCGCAUCUUCCCAUCGACUUCUCGUCAGUCACCCGAGAUCAAACCCAGCGGGCUAGGCGCCCAGUGUGCGGGCCUCUUCAGUGCCUCCUUCCCCAACCUGAGAGACCUAGCACGAGUUCCCCGCAAAAAGCCCUGCUCGCUCAGGAAUCGGUCUUCUCAAACCGAGCUGCUCUCUAUGCCGGCAGUAAAGAGAUUUUCUGUGUCGUAUGCCAGGCAUCCGACUAAUGGGUUUGAAGGUUGCUCCUUGGUGCCCUCCAUCUAUCCACUGGAGACACUGCACAAUUCGCUGUCCCUCAAGCAGGUGGACGAGUUCCUCACCACGUUGUGUAAAAACGGGAGCGAGACACAAUUCAAGAGGCUCAAAUCCCUGUCUGCCAUGUUUGAGUCACACUCCCAGCCAUCCAUAGAUGUUGAUAAUCAGGAGACCCCAAUGUCAACUCCAGUCCAGAACCAACCAGCUCCACAGUCUCUCUGGUACACCAGCAGCCCUCCCAGUACCGUAUCCAGUUCUGGGCCCUCGUCUCCAUCUUUGCCCGAUCCCUCAUCCAACUUCAGAUUCAACAGCGAGUAGAAACAUCUUUUACUCUUAGAUCAGUUUCACAGUGUCUGUUUGAAAAGUUAGAGGUUAAGAUUGAUAUGGUCCAUGUUAUCUACUUGGAAGCUGCUAAUAUUGUACUAUCUGCACUUCUACCUGAACAAUGCAGAGCCUCUUUGUCUGAGAUUCAGCUGAUAGUUUGAUCUGUCAGCAAAUACAGCUCUGAAACCAGUAAUUAUCUCUUCCGCUGUACUUCUGAGCUCCGGUGGAGUUGGAUAGUAAUUAUGAUCCCAGAUUCAGCAGCAGAGAGACAGAGACAUUACAGACAAUAGUAAUUGUGUGUGCAUCUUUUUCCCCCACCCUACAAAUGCAACUCAAAUAAAUACUCAAAGAAGCAUACAAGUCCAAAUAUAUAUAUUUAAUCAUUCAGAUCCAAUUGUGUUAUUUUAAUCGUACCACUAUUUUUUUUUCAGUUUGUGUAUAUUAUAAUUAUUUUAUGAUUUUCUUUUUUGAUCAUGUGAUUUCUUUUUAGAUCUACCAAAAAAUUGCUGUAUUUUUAUUAUGUGAAUUGCAAAGGUAUUGUUUGAGAAUGAUUCAAGGGAUAGUUCACCCAAAAAUGAAUAUUCUGUCAUCGUUUACUCACCCGUCAUGUCAUUCAGAACCUGUAUGAAUUUAUUUCUUCUGUUAAAUAUAAAAGAAGAUAUUCUAAAGAAAGUUGUAAAUCAAAAAGAUGGUGGCACCCAAUGACUUGCAUAAUAUUUUUUUUUUCCAAACCAUUGAAGUGAAUGGCUACCGUCAAAUGUUUGGGUUACCCACAUUCUUCAAAAUCUCUUAUUUUGUGCUCAACAGAAGAAACUCAAACAGGUUUAGUGCAACCUGAAAAAAUGAGUAAAUGACAGAAUUUUAAUUUUGAGCAGGACCCGUCCCAUAAAAUGAGCUGCAAUAGACUUUUCAGGAGUGUUCAGCUGUUUGUAAUCUGCUGUAGUGUUUACUCUGUAAAGUUGAAAGUAUAUUUAAUUUUAGAGACUUGUAUUACUUAAAUAAAUGGCUUUAAAUGUG